GGUAAGCGUAUUUGACUGCCAGUCUUUUAGUUUUAGUUUAAUGUUUUAAAACAUGUUAGGUUGAAUUUAAAAUUUAUUUUGACAACCUCUCGCGCAUGCGUACAAGUCUCGACCGCUCAUUUCCGCUCUGCCAUUUUGUAUCUGCCAUUCAGUUCAAGGGUAUUAGCACGCGCAGUCAGUUGUACCUGCACAUAAACAUGUAUCGCUUUGCCAAGGCUGCCCUGAACCUCAGCGGUCAAAGUGCCCGUCAGGUGGCUGUUCGACAGAAGUCUGAUCUGAGUCCUGAAUUUCAUAACAAGUAUGGAGCACCUCUGCUGAUUGCUGGAGCCACAUUCUGCACAGCUGUUUGGGCAUAUGUGAUCACUUCAACAGGCAUUGCAUGGAACCUGUCUCCUGUAGGCAAGGUGCAGCCCAAGGAAUGGAAGGAGUGAUGAAUGCAUUUCCCAAUGUUGAUCGAAUACUAGGAAAUACUGAGUGACGUUCUGAACUUUUCCAUUUUGCGAAUGGAGACCAUUUUCACCUAAUCUUGUUGCUGUCUUGGCAUGU